UGAGCCUUUUAAGUUGUGCAAUAACAAACCGUAGCAUAGCACUGUCCAUUUUACCUCUUUGUAAAUGUAGUGGAGAUAAGACUCAUGAAAUACUGGAGGGAAUCCAAAUACACGAGCUGAACUCUGAUAGAUUAUUGAAAGGACUACAAUAUUAGAGAUGUGGUUUUGAGUUGAUGGAAACCUCAGAGAAGAUGUUUAACUGGGACGAGGAGUGGAACAUCUCUUUUGCUGGCUGUGGAUUUAGGAGUAUUUACUACCUGGGAGCUCUGAGCUGUAUCCUGGAGCGGGUCCCACAGCUGGUUCAUGGAGCCUUUAAAAUCUGUGGAGCUUCAUCUGGUUGUCUCGUGGCUGCAGCUCUGACUGUUGGGAUUCCCAUUGAACAGUUCUGUGUUGAUGUUUUGACAACGGCGAAAGAGGCCAGAAAACACACUCUGGGAAUUUUCCACCCGAGCUUCAGUCUGCUGCAGACAGUACAGGACUCCCUGCUGGAGAGGCUGCCAGCAGACGCCCACCUUCGGGCCUCUGGAAAGCUCUGUGUGUCCCUCACCAGACUGGCUGAUGGGAAGAACGUUUUGGUAUCAGAGUUCGACAGCAGAGAUGAGCUCAUUCAGGUUCUCAUGUGCAGCUGCUUUUUCCCUGUUUACUGUGGUUUUAUCCCACCUUCAUACCGUGGAGUGCACUAUAUGGAUGGAGCCCUGAGCAACAACAUGCCCCUGUUCGAGCAGAGAAACACCAUCACUAUGGCCCCGUUCUCCGGUGAGAGCGACAUCUGCCCCAGAGAGGGUACGUUCAACUUCUUUGAAGUUCACUACGGCAACGUUAGCAUCCAGGUCAACACCGGCAAUGUGCAUCGGGUCUGUACGUCCUUCUUUCCUCCCAGACUUGAGAAGCUUGCUGAGAUCUGCCACAAUGGCUACAUGGAUGCUCUUUGUUUCCUGAGACAAAGAGAUCUGCUUGGAACACAGCAUCUUACCCCCAGUUUGGUGGCGGAGAGGGACACAGUCAGACCUGCUUGUUGUGAGCUGGUGAAGUUGGCCCAAGCAGAAGAGUCAAAGAAGACACUGUUGAAUGGACAAAACCCUCAUCAGGAAGAUAAUUUGUGGCUGGACCUGAAAGUCAUAGAGAACCUCCCAGUAAGCUUCCAGAAAGUGCUGUGUGAGGCAUGCAGGGACAGUCAUGAUGGCGGCUCUCAGCUCAUUCAGUUCCUUCCAGUGAAAGUGCUUAUGUAUCUGCUGACCCUCCUAAUGCUGCCCAUUGAACUGACCUUCUUACUUACCAAAAGCAUGAUAUUAUCAGGCUGUACAGCAACUUGCAGACUGUUGACGUCGACUUCAGAUCUCUGCAGGCAGACAUGGAGCAGCGGAGGCGAGGAACCCAACAGUGCAUUUCCAGAGCAGCGCUGCAGCAGCAGGCCCUCUAACUCGGACCUCAGAACCCAGACAGGAGGAGACAAAAACAUUAAACCUUUGACCUCAACAAUCACCCCAUAUUCUAACAAAACUCUUCGUUGGGACAACAAUGGUAACGUGGACCUCCUCUCCCUCACCUCUACAUGUAUGGGUCCAUCCAACUUCCCCACCCCCAAUACACCUGCAUGUGGCAAGGUGACUUUAAACCACAGAAGCAAAUGGACACAUCAUCAACCAUAAAUCAGUCAGAAAAAAGACUGUUUAGUAUUGCAAAUGUUAAACUUUUCAUGAAUGGAAUAUAAUAUCAGUUUUGUUAGAUUAAUCAGCAAUAGAGUAUCUAAAUGGAUAUUUAUUUAUGAUCUCUUAACACUUUUGUACUUUGUGAAGAAGAAGAAAUGCUUGUUUGUUUGGAUUUGUCUGACUCAUAUGCAUGUCGACUCAAUAAGGCUGUUGUUGCGAACCACCUGAGAUGGUGACCAAAAGCUAAACCUAACUUUUCCCAAUGAUCCUACUUUGAAAAAAUAAUUUACCCUGACCAUAAUCAAAGUAAAUGAACAUAACUUGCUGUUGAAUGACCAGCAUUUUGAGCGCAGGCCAUAAAAUCAUUCCAGAGACUUAGUUUGGUUAAGAGUUGACAAGAAAACCAAAGUGAUCAUUUCAACGCAAGUUCUUAUCCGGGGUUAAGUGUGUUUAAAAGCAUGUUGAUUUUAGGAAUAUCUUGCAGCCAAAGCUCUGGCACUCCAAGUUUACCCACGAGGCUUUGUGACACUAAAAAUGACUGAAAGGUAAUCCAAUAAUAUAGAAAAAGCAUCAUCAGGACAUUUUAAUGGGCAACUGUUUCAGAAAAUUCCUUGUGAAUGACAUUUUCAUAAACAUACAAAACAUAAUUCUAAAAUUCCUAAAGCAGAAAAGUGAUAAUAACAAAGAUUAAAAUAUUACCUGUU